AUGUCAAAUACGGCUCGAAAUCUAUCCUAUCCAACGUACAAUAGCGCGAAAAAGUCUUCUAAGACGAAACAAUCGUUUCAAAAUACUUAUAAAGCUAUUGAUCAUGAAAGCAUCAUCAAUUCUCUCACUGGUUAUGACAAUGAUCUUGGGGAAAGAUUGGAACGAUUGGAACGUGAAGCUGGUAUGCGAGCACAACAAAUUGAAUUGAGUGAAUGUCUCGAAUGUGUUGCUCAACUUGUUGAUUUAUUUAAACGUACUAUUAUUACCUCUGAACUUCAAAAUCAAAAUGACUGGCAAUGUGAUACCCAGCAUCAUCUACAACAAAAUAAGGGUAUCACUGGCAAUAGACUUCUUGAUGAUAAAGUCGAGAAAAUUGUUAUUAACAAAGGUUUAACCAAAGAACAAUGGACUUGUCUUCUCUAUAUGGCAUUAAGUACUGAUGAUACGGUAGAAUUAACUAAAGUUAGCAAGAAACAUUUGCAAAAAGUACAUGAUACAGCAUUACGUCUUCUUGAUGCUGAUGAACAGAAUGCAAUAUUUGCGCUGAUCAAUGCUAUCGAAAAAUAUAUAUCGAAAAAUUAUUUCAUUGAAAAAUAA